AUGUCGGUGGCUGAGAACACCACCACAAGCCUCGUGCCCAGUGCGAGAAGAUCAAUUAGGGCUCCCCUGCCAUCUCGGCCUGGGAAGCGAUUAAUCUUGUGCGAGGAUGGUUCAUGGCUAAACAGCGAUAGUGGCAGCUUGAAAAGCGCACUUUCCAUAACCAGUAAUGUCACUAGGAUCUCCAGAGCGAUCAGGCCCAUCAGUGCCGAUGGGAUUCCCCAGGUUGUGUAUUAUCACCAAGGCGUCGGCGCUGGCGGAGGCAUCACCAACAAGAUUAUUGGCGGUGCCAGCGGAGCAGGAUUGGGAGAGAUCGUGAGGGAAGGCUAUCAAUUCCUCGCAACAAAUUACGUCCCAGGAGACGAAAUUUUCAUCUUUGGCUUCUCCAGAGGUGCCUUUUCAUCACGCAGUAUUGCCGGAGUCAUUGGAGAAAUAGGCAUUCUCACAAGAGAAGGCAUCCCAUACUUUCCUGAGAUCUUCCGAGAUCUCCAGCAUCAACACGAUGACAACUACAGWCCUAAGCAUCCAGACGUCCCUUUCCCUAACAAACCUAGUGCCCUAGAUCCACAGUACAGGCAUGAGUUGGAGCGACGAGGACUGACGCGGCUUGGCGUGAACAUCAAAGUGAUUGGUGUGUGGGACACGGUCGGCGCUCUGGGAACUCCCAAGAUUGGAUGGCUCACCCGUCUCGGACUGCAGGACACAUCCAUGAGAGAGCUUUCCUUCUACGACACUGCCUUGAGCGAUUGUAUCGAGUACGCCUUUCAAGCCUUGGCACUCGAUGAGCGCCGGUAUGCCUUUCCGCCGUCACUGUGGGAGAAACUGGAAGGCAAUGCCACAACAUUACGGCAGGUCUGGUUCCCAGGAGCCCACAGCAAUGUCGGAGGUGGCUACGAUGAUCAGCAAAUCGCGACCAUCUCGCUAGCUUGGAUGAUGGCCCAAUGUCAGCCCUUCUUGGACUUUGAUCUUGACUAUAUCCACGACGAGUGGGAGGUCAAUGAUUUGGAGUAUGAGAACAAAGACGAAAAGAUCAGGCCCUGGUCUUUUGGCAAGAUUUUCUCUGGAAUGGAUGGCCUCUAUUCACUCGGUGGAUCAAGAAUAAGAACGCCGGGCCGGUAUUGCGCAUACAACCCUACCAACGGUAAGCCAACCAGGGAUCCCCUUCUCGACACGCACGAAUACAUCCACCCGUCCGUCCGAUCACGUCUGAAACUCCACGGCCCAGGCCUCGACGACAAAGGAGAAUACGACUGCAAAGCGCUCCAGAACUUCAAGCUAGUCAUAGAAUGGCCCGAAGAGAAUGCUAAGCGCCCCACGGUGUAUUGGAGAUCGCGGACGAGGCCAGCUGAUGGUUUUGUAAAGACGCUCCCUGAAGCACCGCUCUGGAAUCUGGAGAUGGAGCUUCUGCGGUAUGAUCCCGAGACGGAACAGUAUGUCAUGAAGCCUUCUGGGGUGCGAGCAAGAAAGAGUCAGAGAGUGAAGGACAGGAGUCGCAGUCGAAGGCCUAGUACGCACUCUCCGGCGCCUAGGUAG